GAAAGACACCGUGACUUUCGUACGUAUUUCAUCGUGAAAAACCUUUUAAAUCAUGGCUACCGAUUUUCAUGAAAUUGAGAAACAUUCCAGAGAAAUGGUAUAAUUUGGAAAACGCAGAAAUGAUGAACCCAACAACAAUAAAGUCCUGGUUGCUACGUGGUGAACUCGAAAAAUUGGAACAUGUCGUUUUGGAAGGACGUGGAGCUCGUCUGUUAGGUGAACACUCUCCAGAUCUCCGAACUCGAGUCUUCCUGAAAGGACUCCCAAAUUACUUGACGAAAAUUUCUCAGGUGCACGAAGCAGCUGUACGCGGUUCCUUGGGAGAAACGCAGAGACUGAUAUUGGAGGAGCCCAAAAAGAAACUAGCCAUCGCGAAGGAUCCUUCUGGCAUCCCUUUGCUUCAUAAAGCAGUCUACUACGAUCAACUGGACAUCGUCGAGUGGCUGGUGCAAAAUUAUCCCAUUACCGUUCAACAGAAGGACAAAGAAGGUAGAACAGCAUUGCAUUACUGUGCUGGUUGCAAGAAUCCUGGGGUCAUUUGGGAUGUUCUGAUAGAAAACGACUGCGACUCGAGCAUCUGCGAUAAGAAGGGCAAUCCUGCGUCCUAUUAUCUGGAACAUAGGUCAGAAAUUGAAUUAUCCGAAGUGGAGAUCAUGUCCCGGAGGAAGGCGAGCACCGUCAGGGAAUUUAUUCCAGGUUCGGACUUCAAACCUUCUACUAUAAGAAUAUGGAUCCACAACCGAGACCUUGGGAAAUUGCAACAAGUUUUAUGGGAAGGUCAUGGAAACAGGUUGCGUAUGGAGACCAGCAACAAUACUCGUGUCAAAAGGUUUCUGGAAGCUGUGCCCUUUAUAAUGGGUACCGUAAAAGAUGUCCACGCAGCUACAGUAAAUAAUGAUUUGGAUGAGCUCAGGAAUAAAGUUGAUUCCUCGUCGCCCAUCAUUCUGUGCAGCAAAGACAGCAAUGGUUUAAAUGUCUUACACAAGGCUGCUGGAUUGGGACAUACAGAAAUCGUACGAGAGAUUCUUGCGAAAUAUCCAUCGACUGUUGAAGCGCAAGACAAUGACGGAAAAACACCGUUGCAUUAUGCAGCUGCAGCAAAGGAUGAUGGAGUUUUGUAUAAUUUAUUAGUGGAGCAUGGUGCUGAUGAAAGUAAAUUAGACAAUAGACACAAAGCAGCAGCCUUCUACAAGAACAGACCAUCGGAUAUAGACCAAUCGCUAUUGACCGUGAUACCGGAAGCGCCUAGAGUCGCCAGCACAUCUUAUCCUAAGCACUGGGACUGGAGAAUCCUCGAAGUCGAAGAAUCUCUAUCCAGAGGAAUGAGGAAAGUUAACAGUGCAGAUAUUGACAGUGCAUUUGGCAGUGCUGAAUCGGCUUCAAAAAGCUUCAGCAAAUCAAUGGAGCAGAUAAAAAACGUGGAAGAAGAUUCACAGAAAGAGGAGCAGGAGGAAGCAGAGAAACCAGAGAAUACAGAAACCCAAGAAGAUACGGAAAACCCAGAAAAUGCAGAAAAUGCAGAGAAUGUAGAGGACUCGAAAGACCCAGAGACCGCAGAGAAAGACGAUGAGCAAACUGUGGAAGAAACAAAAGCCGAGGAUACAGAAGAAAGAUCCUCGGAUGACGAUGUGGUAACUGGUACAAUGGCGCAGGAGACUGAAGAGGAAGAAGCAAAUCCAGAGAAAGAGGAAGCGGAAGCAGAGAAAUCAGAAGAAGAAAAUGAAACUGAGGAGAAGAAUGAAUCGAAAAGCCCGGAUCCCAUAAAGGCAGACGAGGUCGUCCAACAGGAGGAGGAAAACAAGGUGGAACAAGAGGAGAGAAACGAGCCGAGCACAGGUGAUUCUGGUGUCGAUGAUCCAGGAAACGACGAAGAUCAGCAGGUGAUCGUUGGUGAACACGAGGAACCACCGGACACAGAAGUGAACGAGGCAAGCAUGACGGCAGAUCCGGAAAUCGAGAAGCUGUUGGAGAACGGAAAUAUGGAGCAAUUGGCGGGAUUGGUUCUGAACGGGGAUGGGAGAAGAUUGGUCGGCCGGCGUUCGGGGAAUCCUGAACUUCAGGCAUUCAUCGAUCGUGUUCCUUCUUAUAUGGGAAAAAUUCACGCUGUUCACAUGGCAGCACGAGAAGGAAACCUCAGAGAUUUGCAAAGUGCAUUAGAUCGUCGCAAAUUUGCAGUUGCAAGGGAUGGUUCCUCGCCGCAUGGUGCAACACCCCUUCACGUUGCAGUCGUGUUUGGAAAUACCACCAUCAUCAGAUAUCUGGCAGGGAGGUUUCCAGAAACCGCGAAUGCAAUCGAUUUAGAUGGUCGAACACCCUUGCAUUAUGCGGCCACCCUCGCAGACAAUGGCCAUUACUACAAUCUUCUGCUUCAUCUGGGUGCCAAUCCUUUAGUUCAAGAUAACUUCGGACAAAAGGCAGAUUACUACAAACAAAAUCAAUCAGAAUUGUCUCACAAAUCGCUCCUCCGCGAUUUCGGUGCUAACGAGAACCUCGCCGACGAGAUGUUGACCGACAAAGUUCCUGGAGGGGACACGUACUCCGCGCGUCGUGACAUAACCGAACCAGAGACGUUAGCCACCUUGGAGAGGUGUUUCCGUCUUCUAGCUGGUACAAGGCACGGUGCGACACCGAAAUCGGCUGGGAACUCCGGUACACUGAUCGGCCGUUGCCUGAAACGGCCCAUAUUCGAUCGUAUCAAGCACCGUGUGACACGCAUGGACCACAAUCUCUUUGAUGUGAUCUGGCUCGCUUUAAAGAAAUACGGUAACUCGAGUAGCAGCGGCGAUACGAGCAGCGCUUACUCGUACGUCGGCAACGUCGAAGAAGACGACUCUCUUUUAUUGAUCGCACCUGAUUACGAAAGUUACAUCGUCUUCGCGGAGUUCUUCGAUCCUCUGAUCAGAGACAUUCAUUGCGUGACUGCAAGCGGCGACCUGCCCGAUCAUCCGCCUCCUAGAUACUUCCACGACGAGGACGAGGGCGAAGAGAACCCCGACUCGAUCGACGAGGUGACCAUUUCCACGAUCGAAGGCUACGACCUCGAUCCCCCGGCUAAGUACGUUCAAGCUGCAGUGAUGGAGUGUUGCAGGAACCUCGAGGAUUACACGUUCCCUUUGACUCUGACGGUGAAUCAAUUGGAGGAAGUGGAACGAGUGAUCACCAGCGAGCUGAUGAGCCAGUAUAUCUCAGAGAUGAUGGCCGAAGGGAGCAGCGAAGAUGAGCCAGGAACUUAUUUCACCCUUAACGAGAUCCUGGACCAACCGAGUCCGAUCAGAGCCCAAUUGGCGGCUUCUGGAUUGUUGUUACCGAUCGCAGACUCCGACCCCCAGGAUGAUCGACGUCUUCAUGGAAGACACUGGCCAUACGGACGAGGUGUUUACGUGUCCUCUGCUGGAGAUCUUGCUGCAUGGGUGAAUGUCCAGGAUCACCUGAGGAUCGUGUGUCGUACUACCGAUAGCAGACCUGGUCUGAUCGGUCGCACCUACGUCAGACUGGCAAAAGUGAUGGUGAUCCUCGAUGAAAGAUUGAAGUUUAAACGGGACCAGAAGCUGGGCUUCCUUAGCUCGCGACCGUACGCCAUCGGCAAUACCCUUAGAUUCAACGUGAUCGUUAGAUUUCCAGAACUGUCCAAGAAAUUCGAUCAUCUGAAACAUCUGUGCGUGGUACGUGGAUUAAGUAUUCGUGAAACGGCUAGAAAGGACACGGUGCGGAUCGGUAAUCAACAGUCGUUGAGCAUCAGCGAACUGCAAACCCUUCAAGACUUUUCUAGGGCUGUUCUGAACAUCCUAGCCUUGGAGAAGGAACUGUCGAUAAAUAGUUCCUUGAAAAUCGCCAAUCUACUGGCGGGAAUAUUUCGCAAACGUAACAGCGCGAAACGUUUCCAGACUUAACGGACGAGAAAGGAGCGGAUGCAACUUUCAAACUUAAUUUACGUCAAUUUCUAUUUCUUUUGAUUCUUUUUGUGGACCGAUACGCUUACACGUGGAAACUUUCUGUGAUAAUUCAUGAGCCAAUGCGUUCGACUGCCAAUUUAAUCCUCGUAGACUGAAACUGUAGAGGGAAGAAUGUUGGAAAGACGUGUGUGAACGUUGUUCUCUGUCCUCGAUGAUAAUUGAACGAAAAAUUUAACUACUCGGACGAAGGCUGGAUUGAUUGACCUUAGGUUAGUAGAAACGAACGUUAUUGCUACAUGUUGUCGCACGUACGUUCGUCAGUGUAUAUGUGUAUCUAGAAUGAAAAACAUUCGUUACAGAGAUGAAAUUUUUCGAGGAGAACUUAAAUGAACCUUUUACCAGAGCUUCUUUAUGUGUCACGCACGAGUUCGAUGUUCACACGAGACCAGAAAUGGCGUAGCACGUGUCUUUCCAACUUCCGUUGUAUUCGAUUCUACAACAAACGGUGUAUUUUUAUAAAUAAUCCAACUGUAUGUAAAAUACUAUAAAUUGAAAGAAAAAAAAAA